AGGAAGCAGUGUGGGGAAUAGUAUGCUUAAUUUCAGGAUGAACAGGCCGUGUUUAGAUUUUUGCAACAAAGAUCUUGUGUUUUUACCAUCCAUAGUGCAAAGAUUAUUGAUUUUAGGAUUUUACCGAGUCUGUUACCAGCGCAGGUAUUUGUCAAAUAGAAAUGUCAACUUGACAGUGACGUUAUUGGAACUGUUGCAUUGCAUUGCAGAACGCUUCUUGUGAAGAGUUUUUCAGUUUGUUUUGGGAAGUCAAACUGUAAAAGGAUAAAGAAUUAAUCUUCUAAUAAAAGUGCAGUGCAACAUUGUAUUUAUGCUCUACCUGUUUUUGUCCUAUUAACCAUUUGAUAUGCCAGAAUUACGUAGAAAAACGCGUACAAUAAACAUAAACAUGAGAAGUCUUCGUCUCUCACUGAAAUACCAGCCGAAAGUGUAUCAGCUAAUAUUAAAAUUACGAGAGAACAUCCGAAGAAAGAACAAUUUGUUAAAAGAACUGAAAGGCCGCUUGAAAAAUCUGGAAAAUAAAACAACAUUUAAGCCUGAAACAGAGUCCAAUAAUACAACUUCUGCAGUAGAAGAUGGCAAACAUCUGAUUAAAAGUGAACAAAUAGACACAGUGAAUAGUAACAAUGAGUUACAAACAAAAGCUGAUGACCCAGCACAAAAUAAUUCAGACCCAACACCUGCAGAAUCAAAUACCGGAUGGGAUUUUAGCAAUAAAAGUAAGGAGAGUAUCUUAGACCAAGUGAAGGAAGCGGCCGACUCAGCUCUAAAUCAGUGCGGUAUGGUCUAUGUAGAGUCUGCUGGCAUGUACUAUGAUUCCAAGACUGGAUAUUAUUAUAACCCAGACCUAGGUCUCUACUACCACGGGAACACACAAUGCUACUAUUACUAUUCUGAGGAAACAAAAUCAUUCGCAUUCCAUUCAUACCCAGAAGCUACUCCCACAAAUGCUGCACUGGAAGCCCAUGAGAAGAAAAAAGCUAAGAAACAUAAAAUGGAAAAUAAAUCAGAAGAAGAUAUUGAUAACCUGACGAAAAAUCUAUCUCAGGUUUCACUCCGAGGCCAAUCAGCCUUAGGUAAAUAACUUGCUGAAUGGUUACACCAAUACCAACAUAACUGUUAUAUUACAGGGCAAAGAAGACCGAAGCCAAGUACCAAAGAAAAAGACG